AUGGCAAACCCGGCCAAUACCCAGAAUACCCAAGGUACCUCAGCCACCGGUGCCACCUUCGGGCAAGCUUCCCAGGAUCCUACUCAAUCACAGAUGGGCCCGCCUCUCGUACCAGUACGAGCUUGCCUCUCCAACCGCCGAGAGAGCAUGCUUCUGGCAGCCCAUCCGUCAUCCCAGCCAUCAGUAUCAGCUAGCGGCGACCUAGAGCCCAUGACUGCUACACGCGAGAUUGUCGGCAUCGAAAUCAACGACGUCCUGCUCGAAUACCUCAAAGAUUCUAACUACGUUUACCUCCGUUAUACCGUUGACACCGAGUGGUUCGAAUUACAAGAGGAUCCCGAACCUGACGAGCACAGCAAUGCCUUUUACUCCCUUAGCACAGGCCGAAUCCGCACUGAUGGCAACAUCACCCACAACAUCAACGACUUCACUGUCACUAACUCUAGUAACCUCCAGAAGAACGUGAAGGAUCGUCCCGACUUCUGGUGGCGAUUUAUUGUCUCUACGCUAGUCUCCCUACGCAACUGCACUGACGCCAUCAAUAGGCAUCUGCAGACUGUGGACCGCAAUGAAGGAGAGACUCAAGCUCUACGAGACCGACUAGCGAAUGUUGAAGCAGCCCUUGAUGAAACUUCGAACAGUAAACAACUACAAGUUGGCAUGGUUAGCAGCAACCUGUACAAGGAGAAGCUGACAGAGAUCCGACGCCUCACCUCGGACAUCGGAAAGCUCAAAGCUGCGUCAGAACAACUCCCCAACGUUCGCGAUGACCCCGCCUUCAAAGCCCUCGCCGCUGAGCGCGACCUUGCCGCCACCGAACGCAAUGAACUCAAGCAGAAGGUUGAGGACCUAUCCCGCCGAGCCGAUGAACCGGAGAGCGGUCCUAACUACGCAGAGUUGGCACAGAAGCUCAAGGAGGAGUCUGACAGCGCCGACUGGUGGGCAGACCAAGCUAAGGCCAACGCUGAGCUCUGCGACAAGUUCAAAGGACAAGCUGAUCGCUAUUCUAUCGAGCUUAACCAGUAUGAUGUCAAGUACUCUAACAUGGAGGCGAACAAGAACGAAGCUCUCGCCCUUAAGGAUAAGGCUUACGAUGAGCUCAACCUCCAGCUCACCGAGGCUAGACGUGAGACAAAAACGGUCACCGACCGACUGCUGCAACAUGAACCCAACUAUCAGCCGUACACCCUCUGGCGGCGCGAGCGAUCUUACGACCCAAACUUGAGACGUUCAAGGGCAAGGUCGACGACGACUACGAGCGGUGGCGCGAGAUGGCAGUGGCCAAGUGUCGCACAUACCCAGAGGACUGGCAAGCGGUUGACUACCUCAAGUUCCGCAUUCAAGGCGAAGCUUACGAGCACAUCCGAGAUGUCAAAGCUCGCCAUUUCCUAG